CUAUUAGACGCCAUCAUUGUUUUGGCUUCAGAGUUUAUGAAGUCUCUUUAUGGCACAGAAAGUAACAAUGGUACUUAUUUGACCGUAUUCUUCUACAUGUUAAUAAGAAACUGAUUCAUUAUGAGUUUUACAAGUGAUGAGGUCAACUUCCUGGUAUACAGGUAUCUGCAAGAAUCAGGUUUUUUUCAUGCUGCAUAUGUAUUUGGCAUUGAAUCGCAUAUCUCACAGUCAAAUAUCAACGGUGCAUUAGUUCCCCCAGCAGCUCUCCUCAGCAUCAUUCAGAAAGGCUUACAAUACACAGAGGCUGAAAUCAGCAUAGGCGAGGAUGGCUCAGAGAGGCUCAUCGACAGUCUGUCACUUAUCGAUGCUGUUAUGCCAGAUGUUGUUGCUUCCAGACAACAGCAAAAUCAGCAACAAAAGACUGUUGUGAAAACGGAACUACCUAGCACAAAUGGCGAUGAGGGUACGGCGGGAGAAAACAUGGAUGUUGAUAACAGUGUUGAAAUUCCACUGAAUAAAGCUACAAUAUUGCGGGGCCACGAGUCUGAAGUAUUUAUAUGUGCUUGGAAUCCUACCACUGACUUGCUAGCUUCAGGGUCAGGUGAUAGUACAGCACGGAUAUGGAAUAUGAAUGACAAUACUACAUCUCCGAACCAGUUAGUACUGCGGCACUGCAUUCAGAAGGGAGGAACUGAGGUCCCAAGUAACAAAGACGUUACCUCACUAGACUGGAAUUGUGAUGGAACAUUGCUAGCGACUGGAUCAUACGAUGGUUAUGCAAGAAUAUGGAUGACGGAUGGUCGUUUGGCAUCAACCUUAGGGCAGCACAAAGGACCAAUUUUUGCUUUGAAAUGGAACAAGAAGGGAAAUUAUAUUCUCAGUGCUGGAGUGGACAAGACAACUAUUAUUUGGGAUGCAUCAUCUGGUCAUUGUACGCAGCAGUUUGCCUUCCACUCCGCGCCUGCAUUGGAUGUUGAUUGGCAGAGUAACACUUCUUUUGCAAGUUGUUCCACUGAUCAAUGCAUUCAUGUAUGCCAGCUGGGGCAAGACAAACCCAUCAAGUCAUUCCAGGGACAUACCAAUGAAGUCAACGCCAUUAAGUGGGAUCCUCAGGGGAAUCUCCUCGCUUCUUGCUCAGAUGAUAUGACACUAAAGAUAUGGUCUAUGAGACAGGAUUCAUGUGUCCAUGACCUUCAGGCUCAUAGUAAAGAAAUAUACACUAUUAAGUGGUCACCAACUGGUCCAGGUACCAAUAACCCAAGCAUGAACCUCAUUUUAGCAAGUGCAUCCUUUGACUCAACAGUACGGUUGUGGGAUGUUGACCGGGGAGCAUGCAUCCAUACCCUCACCAAGCAUUCUGAACCUGUUUAUUCUGUGGCCUUUUCACCAGACGGUAAAUUUUUGGCAUCUGGAAGUUUUGAUAAGUGUGUCCAUAUAUGGUCUACGCAGUCUGGCCAACUUGUACACAGCUAUAAGGGAACUGGUGGCAUAUUUGAAGUUUGCUGGAAUUCACGAGGGGACAAAGUCGGAGCUUCAGCAUCCGAUGGCAGUGUAUUUGUAUUGGACUUGCGCAAGUAACAGUGAUCUAUGUUAACGUGAAUCCCUUCUAGAGUAUUUGCGAUGCUUUUCAUAUGCAUUUGCUAUUCUAGCAGAGGGGUUAUCUCUUCAGAAUUCACUGAAGAACCGUUCACAGACACGCUUAUAGUAUAUAUAAAUACACAGUAAGUUGGAGAAUGACAUUGGAGGAAGUACCUCAAUGGUAAUUGUUGUGAACUUAUCUCAGUUGUUUUUAAUGUACUGUAACUUAUUGAAGAAUAAGGGAAUUAUUCUCCUCUGUAUGGUGUAGAAUUUGAGAAGUACAAGGGACACUUUUGAUUCCUUCGUUUUCAUGGGAGGUAGCACGGAAGGAGUAAAUUAACAAGUGAACAAUGAUUUUGUACAGACAAACAGUGACCAGUGCAGACUACUUUUGUCAAUUCCCGGAAGAUGCUUCCGAGUCUAUAGAUGAUGCUUCAGAGUCUCUAGUUUGUACCUGUCUUUUUGGGGGCAUCUUGUGGCAGUAAGCAUUGGCUGCAAUAUUGUUUCUGAUAUUACUGUACAUUUUUGAAUUUGAUAUGAAUUUGGUGUAACUGAGUACUAGAUUAUGUACAAUAUUUAGAUGUUGCAAUUGUCCUGAGCUUUUGUACAGGGCAAUUGAAACAAAAUUAAACAACUUUGUACCAAUGUAGUAAUGUUUUUUGUUUAUCUGUCUUGAGUUGAUGUAUCAAAUGAAAAAAUUACAGAAAUUUGAUUUCUCAAGGGAAGUGGCAUUUUAUGGGCAUUUAUGUUUUUUUCUAGUUUAUCAUUGUCUGAUUGUUAGAAAUAUUAUUUAGAAAUUAACUUAUUUGCUCUUAAUGAAAAAAUGUCACAAACAUGAUUUUGGAUUCUGUGCCUCUGUGGAUGAAAAUGAUUUUAAUAUUGGUGAUAUAUUUUUUUCUAAUUUUAAGGUCUGAAUCAUGAAGAUAUUGGUACAAUACAUUUUUAUAGAAUAUA